AUGCAUGAAGCUAUUCUUCUGCACCUAAGUAGCUCGUACUGCUCGUCACUCCAAAGUGGAACUCGACCCAUGUAUGCGAACAACUUGUUCCACUUCCAGUCCCGCAUUUUGCCUUAUAAGUUACAGUAUCCGCGGAGACAAUUAAUAUUGGUCCCUCUUUUUGUGGAGGGCUCUCUUCAGAGUCUUCACUCGGCUGGGUUGGAACGAGAUUCUGGAAUCCAUCCACAUGUCGCCGAGAAUGUGGAAACUGUGGGCAAAGAGGACGAUCAUUAUUUGCAGCAGUUCACUGCCAACCCUGGGCGAUCCCAACCCAAAUUUGUCGCUACCAACAAUGAAUAUCGUGAAACCGCCUGGACCAAAAAGUUAACCUUGUUAUGA